AUGAUUUCGUUUCUGUUUCUCUUAAGCGUGUGCUGCGUUCUUGCAGAACAAGGGUUACAACCUGCAGGAAGCUUUAGAUUCGGAGACUUGGACAAUCACGGGAUAAAGGAUGCAUCGAGAUACCACAUUAACCCAGCAGACUACGCUGCUGUCUUCUUAGGAAUUCACCGUUGUCCCAAGACCAAACUUUGCUGCCUGGUUAGUCAAGUCUGCUGCGAAAACAAUUAUGGCUGUUGUUUCACAGAUCCUCCUGGAAUGAGGGCUAGUCCAGCUUUACCAUGUGGAAAAUUGCCCCGGCAUUAG